AUGGUCAGAAUCAGUGUUUUAAACGAUUGCUUAAACUCCAUUGUCAAUGCCGAAAGACAAGGUAAAAGACAAGUCUUAGUCAGACCAUCAUCAAAAGUCAUCGUUAAAUUCUUAGAAGUUAUGAUGAAAAAGAGAUACAUUGGUGAAUUCGAAAUCGUUGAUGACCAUCGUUCCGGUAAAAUUGUCAUUGAUUUAAUCGGUCGUAUCAACAAAUGUGGUGUCAUCUCCCCAAGAUUUGACGUUACUUUAGACGAAAUCGAAAAAUGGGCCUCUUACUUACUCCCAUCCCGUCAAUUCGGUCAUAUCGUCCUCACCACCUCCCUCGGUAUCAUGGACCACAACGAAGCCAAAACCAGACACACUGGUGGUAAAUUAUUAGGUUUCUUCUAUUAA